AUGGCGUCUCGACCGAUCCUUCUGCGAUUUGAAAGCAGAAACGGCCAGUUCCGUCUUACCGUCAACCCUACAAAUCAGUUCCCGGCACUUCAAGACAAGAUCGUUGAAAAUCUUCCUGCGGACGUCGAUCCAUCAUCCAUAAUUCUCUCGAAUAAACCGAUUGGCACAGGUGGAGCAGAGCGAGAGUUGGAAGCACUGGGUGGUGUUGCCAUUACGGAGGUUGGCCUCAAACACGGAGACAAACUCUUCCUCGGAUAUCGUGAGAAAGCAGCCAGUCAGCCAAAUGGAACCACAAACGGAACCUCAUCAACACCCGCUGAGCGGCGCUUGAAUGGAGCCCCUGUGCCUCAAACCCAGACCGUUCCAAUUUAUGCCCAACCUACCUCACCUACCCUCAACAUCUCCAAUCCGUGGGAUGUAGUGCAGCAGUCCCCACUCGACGAUCGCCUGGACAAACUAGAUGGUAAGAUCAAGCGGAGCAAGGAUCCUAGGAUGUGCAAGCAUGGACCUCGUGGCAUGUGCGACUAUUGCAUGCCACUUGAGCCUUACGAUGCCAAGUAUCUUUCCGAAAAGAAGAUCAAGCACCUUUCAUUCCACUCCUAUCUCCGAAAGAUCAAUGCCGCGACCAACAAACCAGAAAUGAAGGCCUCAUUUAUGCCACCCUUGAAUGAGCCAUAUUAUCGUGUUCAAAAAGAUUGUCCAUCGGGACACCCAGCAUGGCCGGAAGGUAUUUGCACCAAGUGCCAGCCUAGUGCAAUCAGCCUGCAGCCCCAAGAGUUUCGCAUGGUUGAUCAUGUGGAGUUUGCGUCUCCAGACUUGAUCAACUCAUUACUGGAUUUCUGGAGAAAAUCAGGCGCACAAAGGCUGGGAUUCCUCUAUGGAACCUACGAGGAGUAUACCGAGGUACCUUUGGGUGUCAAGGCGGUGGUUCAAGCCAUUUACGAGCCACCUCAGAAUGGCGAGAUCGAUGGCGUGACCCUUCGUGACUGGGACAACGAGAAAGAGGUCGACGAUGUCGCUCAUCUCUGUGGGCUGCAAAAGGUGGGAGUGAUCUUCACUGAUCUUCUUGAUGCAGGCCAAGGUGAUGGCUCCGUUGUGUGCAAGCGACACAUUGACUCCUACUACCUGUCAUCUCUUGAAGUUAUCUUUGCGGCCCGCCUUCAAUCUCAAUAUCCAAAGGCCACGAAAUGGAGCCGCAGUGGACGAUUUGGCUCCGACUUUGUUACUUGUGUGCUGAGUGGAGAUGAGGCCGGUGCUAUCGCCGUCAGUGCAUACCAGGCCACAGUUUCCGCAGCCGAAAUGGUGCGAGCCAACAUCAUCGAGCCAUCCGCGGAACCAUCUGUGAUGCUGGUGCAGUCUGAGGAUGACGACGACGCGGGCAGCCAGACAAGGUACAUUCCAGAAGUCUUCUACCGUCGAAUUAACGAAUACGGUGCCAGCGUCCAAGAAAACGCCAAACCCAGCUUCCCCGUCGACUAUCUCCUGGUCACGUUGACACAUGGAUUCCCGACUGAAUCCAAGCCUCUAUUCAUGAAUAGCACGUUCCCGAUCGAGAACCGCGAGAUUAUCGGAGAAAGCCAGGAAUUGCGACAUGUGGCACAAAAGCUCAUGUCCAGUGAUGCUGGUCAAGUCACGCAAGGCGUCUCAGAUUUCCACCUGCUGUGUUUCCUGCACGGACUCUCAACGUUCAACAAGGACGAAGAAUCCCUCCUCGGCCGCGUCGCAACAACCCACGAAACCACAGAGGGCCUACAGCUGCUGAAUACCUCGGGUUGGGCAACGUUGAUGACAAUACUUCAGGAGAGUGGUGAGCGCCCCCCAAGCGCCCGUGGCCUCCCACGGCCGCGGUCCCCAAUCCUGCCUCUCCCAAAUCCGACGGUGAACAGCUUGCUAAGAGGUUCAAGGGAACUAGGAUAG